CCUGGUACUACUGGCGCUCUCCUGUGUUGCCACAUGUUGGUGCUAUCCUCUUCAGGAUGGUCCCGGAGGACAAAAAAAUGAAGGCCCUGGAGGUCCAGAAAAUCCAGAAAGACAAGGCCCGGGAGGUCCCGAAGGUCCCGGAGGUCCCGGAGGACAAGAAAGACAAGGCCCCGGAGGUCCCGGAGGACAAGAAAGACAAGGCCCUGGAGGUCCCGGAGGACAACAAAGACAAGGCCCUGGAGGUCCCGAAGGUCCCGGAGGACAAGAAAGACAAGGCCCCGGAGGUCCCGGAGGACAAGAAAGACAAGGCCCGGGAGGUCCCGGAGGACAACAAAGACAAGGCCCUGGAGGUCCCGGAGGUCCCGGAGGACAAGAAAGACAAGGCCCCGGAGGUCCCGGAGGACAACAAAGACAAGGCCCUGGAGGUCCCGAAGGUCCCGGAGGACAAGAAAGACAAGGCCCCGGAGGUCCCGGAGGACAAGAAAGACAAGGCCCGGGAGGUCCCGGAGGACAACAAAGACAAGGCCCUGGAGGUCCCGGAGGUCCCGGAGGACAAGAAAGACAAGGCCCCGGAGGUCCCGGAGGACAAGAAAGACAAGGCCCGGGAGGUCCCGGAGGACAACAAAGACAAGGCCCUGGAGGUCCCGGAGGACAACAAAGACAAGGCCCUGGAGGUCCCGAAGGUCCCGGAGGACAAGAAAGACAAGGCCCCGGAGGUCCCGGAGGUCCCGGAGGACAAGAAAGACAAGGCCCCGGAGGUCCCGGAGGACAACAAAGACAAGGCCCUGGAGGUCCCGAAGGUCCCGGAGGACAAGAAAGACAAGGCCCCGGAGGUCCCGGAGGUCCCGGAGGACAAGAAAGACAAGGCCCCGGAGGUCCCGGAGGACAAGAAAGACAAGGCCCGGGAGGUCCCGGAGGACAACAAAGACAAGGCCCUGGAGGUCCCGGAGGACAACAAAGACAAGGCCCUGGAGGUCCCGAAGGUCCCGGAGGACAAGAAAGACAAGGCCCCGGAGGUCCCGGAGGACAAGAAAGACAAGGCCCGGGAGGUCCCGGAGGACAACAAAGACAAGGCCCUGGAGGUCCCGAAGGUCCCGGAGGACAAGAAAGACAAGGCCCCGGAGGUCCCGGAGGACAAGAAAGACAAGGCCCGGGAGGUCCCGGAGGUCCCGGAGGACAAGAAAGACAAGGCCCCGGAGGUCCCGGAGGACAACAAAGACAAGGCCCUGGAGGUCCCGAAGGUCCCGGAGGACAAGAAAGACAAGGCCCCGGAGGUCCCGGAGGACAAGAAAGACAAGGCCCGGGAGGUCCCGGAGGACAACAAAGACAAGGCCCUGGAGGUCCCGAAGGUCCCGGAGGACAAGAAAGACAAGGCCCCGGAGGUCCCGGAGGACAAGAAAGACAAGGCCCGGGAGGUCCCGGAGGACAACAAAGACAAGGCCCUGGAGGUCCCGGAGGUCCCGGAGGACAAGAAAGACAAGGCCCCGGAGGUCCCGGAGGACAAGAAAGACAAGGCCCGGGAGGUCCCGGAGGACAACAAAGACAAGGCCCUGGAGGUCCCGGAGGACAACAAAGACAAGGCCCUGGAGGUCCCGAAGGUCCCGGAGGUCCCGGAGGCCGGAGAUAGGCCAACACCUCCUCAACAAAGGAACUGACAAGAUGGCACUUCUUUGAAAUAAAACCAAUGAACACUGAAA